AUGGACUUGCACUUGAUGGAGACUUUAUACAGAGCUUUCAACUUUGUGACAAAUCCAAUUGUAGACAAUGAUAUUACCACUCGGAAUGGUAAGCUGUUACUUGGACUUUCUGUGGACAAAUCUAUAGAAGAUGAGGUAAGAGAUGAUGAACCCAAAGAAAGUAAUCCAGUGGAGUCUGAGAAGCUGGAUAGUUCUGCUGAUGAUUUGGAGAAGGAAGAGGAAGUUUUGUUAAAGACUAUUCCUUGGCCACCACCUCCAUUUCCUCAACGAUUGAAAAAAAAGGUCGAGGAUGCAAAAUUCAGGAAGUUCAUGGUAAUGCACAAGCAACUGACAAUUAAUAUGCCUUUGAUUAAAGCACUUGAGCAAAUGUCAGGCUAUGCAAGGUUCAUGAAAGACCUCAUCACGAAGAAAAGAAAGGUCAAAAGUGAGUUGGUGGACAAUCUCCACCAUUGCAGCGUGGUUUCUACAUGGUUCUUAGUGCAAAAAAAGGCUUACCCAGGAGCGUUCACUAUUCCGUAUAAAAUUGGGUCUCUAAAUUUUGCAAAGGCAUUAUAUUAUUAG